AUGGGCGUCAAGCUUCAGAUUCAGCUUCUAGAGGCGCGCGGCCUGCCGCCCAAGGACAAUGGCGGUGCGAGAGACGCGUUCGCGCGGCUCCAGAUGGGCGGCUCGAAGGCGCGCAGCAGAACAGUUGCUAAGGAAAACGAUCCGACGUGGCAGGAAGAAUUUCUCUUUUCGGUCAGCGACAUGGAAAAAGACGAACUGCUGGUAACGGUGUGGGACAAGAGCGUCUUCCUGGGGGAGGAAUUUCUCGGGCAGCUUGUGCUGCCCGUGCGACAGGUGAUGGCGUGCGACAGCUACGAGCUGCAGGCGACGUGGUUCCCGCUACAGAACAGGGUCGUGCGGCCGCGCGCGACCGUUACAGGCGACAUUUUGAUUUCCGCCAGCCUGUGGGGCGUUUCGUCGUUAGUGGCGGAAUCCGCUUCCCCCUCCACCUUGCCAUCCAGCCCCCUCCUUCCGCCCACUCCUCCCCACUCCGCCCCUUCCGCUUCCCCGUCUACUUCCCCCCUCGCCGCGCCUUCCCCCUCGCCUUCCCCCAGCCUCAUCACCACUGUCAGCUUCGCCUUUCCUAGACCUUCUUCCGCCUCUCCCCUUGCCGCCUCUCCCCUUUCCGCCUCUCCCCCUUCCGCACCUCCCCCGCCCGCCCCUUCCCCGUCCGCCCCCGCCUUUUCUCUCCCCCUCAAGCCCGCGCUGCGCCGCCAUACAGGCCCCUCCGAUGCAGUCUCACCUGCUGUUCUCUCCCCGUGCAGGGAAGCAGACGAGGGGGAAGCGUGGGGCGGAGAGAAAACGCUGGGAUCGGGAGAGGGAGCGGGGGAAGGGGAGGGAGAAGGCAAAGGAAAAACGGAAGGGAACGAGGAAGGGAAGGAGAAAGCGGAAGUGGAGGGUGAAGGGGAAGGGGAGGGGGAAGGGGAAGGGGAGGGGGAAGGGGAAGGCCAGGAAGCAUCGACCGGCCUUCAAGAUAACGAGGAGAGGGGUCCGGAUGGCACAGCAGCAGUUGUAGCACCAGCAACUGCAACAGCAGCAGCCGUUGCCAAACCGCGGAACCAGAUUCUCCAGACGCUCUCCGGGUCCUUAAAGCCCAACCCGCAGCAGCUACAGCAGCUGAAGCAGCGCCUGCACGCGUCCAAGCUAUCCGCAGCCUCAGCCAUCCGGUCCUUCGGGCACGCCGUGGAAAACAGCGUUGCCAAGGCAGGGCAGUCCAUGCGUGGUGCCAACGCCAAGGGGGGUGGGGUUGCGCCUGGGGGGGUUUCCGGGGAGGAGGGGGAGGGGGAGUCGCGGAGAGGGUCGUUGGGGGAGGGUGACGGGGCGAGCGGGGAGCCAGGGGGAGGGGGAGAGGGGGGCACGGGGGAAGCGGGGGAGGUGGAGGUGCCGGGGGUGUGGUGGGAGCAGGAUAUGAUGGACGUGCCGAGUGCAGGGCCCAUGCCGGGAGAGCUAACUGGGGGCGGAGUGCUGGUGGAGCAGGCCUUUGAUGCUGCCCCGCAUGUGCUCUUUGCUGCCAUUUUCAAGCCCGACUCGCCCUUCUUCCAGGAAUUCGCCACUGAGCGCAAGCUGACACAAAUCAACAUUGGCCCUUGGUUUUUCAAUGACAGCAGCAGUGACAGCAGUCACAUUGGAGCAAGGCUCAAUCGCAGCACAGCACACAAGGGCAUUAAGGCCCCCCCCGCCCUGUCCCCCCCUGCUGCUCCCAAAGGGGGCGGAGGGGCGGAGCAGCAGCAGCCGGAAGACGCAGACGCUGUGAUGCACCGCAAUGUAUCGUACAUGACCGCGCCGUCCUCCCUGGUGAAGUCAGUGCAGGCAACAGAGGAGGUGCUGUGUGUGCGGGCAGAUGCAGGAGGCUUCCUGGUGACUGUGUCUGCAAAAACCCCUGACGUGCCGUAUGGAGGCACGUUUGAAACACACCUUCAGUUUUGCAUCACUCCGCUUACAGAGGAAAGUGUAGGAGGAGCAGGAGAAGCAGGGGCCACAGGCGAGCAGAGCAGCAGCAGCAGCAGCAGCAGCAGUGGUAGAGUCCCAGCUUCUGCAGGAGGUGGUGAUGGGAGAGAGUCAGCCGCGGGGGGGGUGGCUGGUGGGGUGAAAAGUCAGCUGCGUGUGUCGUAUGAGCCGCAUUUCCUGCAGAGCACCAUGAUGAAAAGCAUGAUAGAGAACGGCAUGCGCACCGGCCUCAAGGACACCUACACCACCUUCCUCUCUGUGCUCACAAAGCAUGUCCCUCCCUUCGUCUCCACCACACCCUCCACCUCACUCUCCCAGCCCUCAAUUUCCCCUCCUCCCUCCUCCCCACUCGCCCGCCUCCUCUCCCUCCUCGGCGUCCCCCCCCACCUCCACCCCUCAAAAACCGCAAUCGCUGAGGCUGCGGUCCGGGCGGCAGGCCCACUUGCGCUCUUUGUCUUUUUCCUUGCAGUGGUGCUGCUGCCGACGCACCUGGUGCUGGUUGCACGCGGCGGGGCAGGGGUGGUGCUGCCACUACUAGACCUACCGGAUAGCCUUUUGGAGCUGCUAUGGUGUGCCGUGAUUCUGGUUGCUACCAACCACGUGGUUGCCAUGGCACAAGGCAUCAUUGUAUCGAAAUAUAUCAAGAGUGAGUGGUGGGGAGCAGGGGUGGUGCUGCCUUUACUAGAGCUGUUAUUGU